AUGUAUAAGCUUGCUCGUAGUAAGCCAUUGGCUGCUGCUCUAGGAGGAUACAAGUUAGCAAUCCCAAGGAGCUCCGCCACACAGCAAAAGCGAUUUCUAUCGAUACACGAAUACCUUUCGGCAAAGCUACUUAAUAGUUAUGGGGUUGGCGUACCUAAGGGCGAGGUCGCUCGCUCCGCAACGGAAGCAGAGAGGAUAGCUAAAGAUAUCGGUGGAGACGAUAUGGUGAUCAAAGCCCAAGUCCUUGCUGGAGGUAGGGGCAAAGGGACGUUCGACAAUGGGCUGAAGGGAGGAGUAAGGGUCAUAUACUCACCGACGGAAGCCAAGAUGUUCGCAGACCAAAUGAUCGGUCACAAGCUCAUCACAAAGCAAACGGGUGCAAGAGGUCGUGUCUGCAACGCUGUCUACAUAUGUGAACGCAAAUUUGCACGGCGGGAGUUUUAUUUGGCGAUCCUGAUGGAUAGACAAUCGCAAGCUCCCGUCAUUAUUGCCUCAUCACAAGGUGGAAUGGAUAUCGAAACUGUUGCGAAGGAGUCCCCGGACGCUAUCAUAACCACGAACAUAAACAUCAACGAAGGGGUGACGGACGACAUGGCGCGAAAUAUUGCUACUGAACUCGGCUUUAGCGAGCAGUGCAUCGAAGACGCGAAAGACACUAUCCAGAAGCUUUAUAAGGUCUUCAUGGACAAAGACGCAACGCAAAUUGAGAUCAAUCCAUUGAGUGAGACGAGUGACCACCAGGUCUUAGCUAUGGACGCCAAGCUCAGUUUUGAUGACAACGCCGAUUUCAGACAGAAAGAAGUAUUCAGUUGGAGAGACCAGACGCAGGAGGACGCCGACGAAGUGAAGGCAGCUGAGUCUGGAUUGAAUUUUAUCAAAUUAGAUGGAGAUAUUGGAUGCCUAGUCAACGGUGCCGGUCUUGCCAUGGCUACAAUGGACAUCAUCAAGCUGAAUGGCGGCUCGCCAGCCAACUUCCUUGACGUUGGAGGCGGGGCUACCCCACAAGCCAUCAAGGAGGCUUUCGACUUGAUUACGAGCGAUCCCAAAGUCUCUGCCAUCUUCGUCAACAUAUUUGGAGGCAUUGUAAGGUGCGACGCAAUUGCUCAAGGUUUAGUCAACGUCGUAGAAAGUAUGAAUAUCAAGACGCCGAUUGUGGCAAGACUACAAGGUACAAAUAUGGAGAAGGCUGCAAAAUUGAUCAACGAGAGCGGAAUGAAGAUUUUCUCAAUCGAAGAUUUGCAGUCAGCAGCAGAGAAGAGUGUGCAAUUUUCGAAACUGGUGAAGCAAGGUAAGUGA